AGUCGCGAACCGGGCGCCGAGUGGGGGCGACGCCGCGCGUGCCGAGCGCGGCCCGCCGGUGAGACUGUGAGUGCCGUGGCCUGUCUAACUGUGAGUUGAGUGUGAGAGUGAGUGCUGCCACGUGAGUGUGAGUUCUGCCAUGGAGGCGGCACCGGUCGCCGGUGUCAGAAUUCAGCGGCGAUGGUUCGGUGACCUUGUGAGGAACCGGCGGCGUGCGGAGAUGGGGCUGAGAUGGAGGGCGCCCGCGACUCUGCUGGUGCUACUGCUGGCGUCGGCCGUGGAUUCAGCAGACCUGCAGGCGCCGCGCUUCAUCACUCAGCCGUCUUCGGGGAGCUCCAUGGUCAACGAGGGCUACACCAAGAUCAUGCAGUGCCAGGCGUUUGGUGCUCCACAGCCCGAAUAUCGCUGGCUGAAAGACGGACAGUUCCUCGGCGACUUCACGGCGGAGAACUUCUACAGAAUCCCCGACAUGAGGCGGGCAGACGCCGGAGAGUACCAGUGUAUUGCAAGGAACAGUGUUGGCGCCAUCUUUUCCGAGAAGGCGCACGUCGAGGUUGCAUACAUGUCUCAGUUCAACGAUACAGAGCCUCGCACAAUCGCCGUGCAGAGCGGGCACGCUGCCGUGCUCGACCUGCCACCUAUCGACAGCCGACCGAAACCUUCAGUUCGGUGGCUCACCGCCAGGCAGCCGACGCUGUACGGUAUCAAAUAUGCGGUGACGUCUCGCGAACAGCUGGUGAUUCUGAGUGUUGAGCCGGAGGAUGAACAGGAAUACAGAGCGCGCGCCACCAACACGCAGGCCGGUACGGAGGAGACCAGCGGCCCUGUGGCGCUGCGUGUGGUGGCAGGCGGUGAGGACGACGUACCGCCUCAGAUUGUGGUACCACCGGCCGACCAGCGACCACUGCAGGGGGAGAUCGCCAAACUGAGCUGUGUGGCCAACGCCAGGCCCCUGUACAGCCUGGAGACCACGUGGUACAAGGACGGCACGCCUAUUGGCCAGGCCGGUGUGGCCUACUCGUUUGAUGACCUGUGGAACCGAACACUGUCCCUUCUGGCCGUGGGAGAGGACCAUACCGGGAUCUACUCGUGUCAGGCCAGGCUCCGGUCGGCGAACUUCCCUGAGGCUACUGCGGAGGCCAGCGUGACAGUGUUAGAGCCGCCUCACAUCGACGCGCGGUUACCACCGGAGACUCUGGGUGACCUGGGUCGAACGGUGACCCUGACCUGUGCCAGCCGCGGUCGGCCUGAGCCCCAGCUCACCUGGUAUAAGGACACAGUUGAUGUGGGAUCACUCAACACCGAGGGCAGAUACACGCUCACGGCCAACGGUAGCCUGGUGAUCCGCAAUCUGAAGAUAUCUGACACGGGAAUGUACCAGUGUACGGCCACCAACCCCGCGGGGGAGCACACGGCCUACACGUGGCUGAGGGUGAAAUCCUCUGCUCCUGUGAUGCUGCAGCCUCCAGAGAACGUCACCGUACUGGACGGACAGGACGCCACGCUCUCCUGUCGGGCCGAGGGGGCCCCGCCGCCCGACACGCAGUGGUUAUUCAAUGGUAAACUGCUGGAGGACACCGUGGGCAGUGGCCGUCUACAGGUCCUGGAGACAGGCGACCUGCUGGUGACCGGUGUACGGCCAGAGAACAGUGGACUCUAUACGUGCCAGAGAGCUAAUGAAGUCGGGCAGGUGUCCGCAUCGGCUGUGCUGAGCAUUAUGGUUCGGACUCAGAUCAUCCAGCCACCGGUCGACUCCCGGGUAAUUCUCGGUCACGUGGCCAGUCUCCAGUGCGGCACGUCGGUCUCCCCUGGAGUAGACGUCCAGGUCACGUGGUACCACAACGCCCGGCCACUGCGGGCGUCUUCUCGGAUUCGCCUUCUGGAGGAUGGAGGACUGGAGAUUCGCGAGGCGCGCGCAGCUGAUGUGGGGCGGUAUACGUGUGAGGUGGUGUCGUCGGGCGGUAACGCCUCCCGCUCUGCCGAACUGGUUGUGGUCGAACUACCUUACGCGCCUACCAACGUCCGGGCCCAGAAGGUGCCCUCACUACAGAAAUCGGUCAAAGUCAGCUGGACGUCCGGCUUUGACGGCAACUCGGCCAUCAGCAAGUUCAUCAUCCAGAGUCGACGAGUGCCUAUCAGUAGUAUGGUAACCGGCUCGGCGCCCGAACUGGGCGACACCUGGGCCACAGAGCUGGCCAACGUGUCUGCCGAGGUCCGAGAAGUAACCCUGACCGGUCUGACGGCCUCGGCGGCCUACCAGUUCAGAGUAUCGGCCGUGAACGCGGUGGGCGAGGGAGGCAGUAGCCGGCCCAGUAACAUAGUGCUGCUGCCCCAGGAAGCCCCAUCGGGCCCGCCGCAGGGCCUUGUUGGCUCAGCUCGAAGCAGCUCGGAAAUCAUGACCCAGUGGCAGACGCCUCGGGAUGAACACAGGAACGGACAGCUGCUCGGCUACAUCCUACGAUACAGGCUGCAUGGGUACACCAACGCGCCCUGGAGCAGCCGAAAUAUUAGUAACGAGGCGCAGCGCAAUUACCUGAUCGGAGACCUGAUCACGUGGAAGGACUAUGACAUCCAGGUGGCGGCGUACAACAACAAGGGCACCGGGGUCUUCAGCGAGUCCAUCACGGUUAAAACGAGAGAAGGAGUGCCCGAGGCGGCGCCAACAGCGGUGGAGGCGGAGCCCGUGUCGUCGACGUCAGUGCGUGUGAGCUGGAUACCGCCCGACCCUCAGCUCAUCAACGGCAUCAACCAGGGGUACAAGCUGCAGGCCUGGACCGAGGACCCGUCAACCACCGACACCGGUCCGGAGGUGACCGCCACAGUGGCGCCAUCUCCUCUGGACCCCCUGGCUCGUCAGUCGGCGCUGCUGGAGGGUCUCAGCCGCUACACGGCCUACAAUGUGACCGUGCUGUGUUUUACCUCACCCGGGGAUGGAGCGAGGAGUGGGCCCGUGGCGGUUACUACACUGCAAGAUGUACCGGGCCCGGUGGCCAGUAUGCAGUUCGAGUCAGUCACCGACCGCUCCGUCACCGUCCUGUGGACCCCGCCUGAGGAGCGGAACGGUAUACUGACCGGAUACACUCUGAGCUGGACGGUCGAGGGGCGGCCCGAGGAGACAGAUCAGAGGAAUGUGUCCGCGGAGAUUAACAGGCUGGAGGUCAACGAUCUGCAGCCGACGACCACCUACAGCCUGGAGCUGGUGGCCUGGACGGAGGUGGGGGCCGGUCCCGCGCGUCGUGCCACCCUCCGCUCAGGCGUGGAACCGGUGCUGCCGUCACCUCCUACCAAGCUGGGGGUGUCCAACAUCCAGGCGUUCAGCGUGGUGCUCCAGUUCACGCCUGGAUUUGAUGGGAACUCGAGCAUCACGAAGUGGGCAGUGCAGGCGCACACGGCCCGGAACCAGACCUGGGAGGAGGUGUUCACUGCGGUGGACCCGGCGGCCACCACCCUCACCGUCGACCAGCUGGUGCCCUUCAUGAAGUAUCGGCUCCGAAUUGUCGCCUAUAAUGUGGUCGGAGCGAGCGUGCCUUCAGAGCCGACACAGGAGUUCCAGACGAUUCAGGCGCCCCCGGCUCACGCGCCGUACAAUGUGACUGUGAGGGCUCUGUCAGCUACCAGUCUGCGCGUCGGAUGGAUUCCGCUGCAGCAGGUCGAAUGGUACGGCGUAGCGCGAGGGUACAACAUCUCCUUCAGAAUGUUGAGUGAAGGAGCUGGGCGGGCUCAGCUGGAUACCAUCUCGAUCGAAGACCACAACGCCAACUCGUUCGUAUUGGACCAGCUGGAGGAAUACAUGCGGUACGAGGUACUGAUGCAGAGCUACAACGACGUCGGGAGCAGCGCCUCCAGCCAGGCCGUCGUCGAGCGGACGCGCGAAGCCGCUCCCGGCGCCGGGCCUGAGAACGUGCAGGCGAACGCUACCUCCUCCACUACAGUGGUGGUGUCGUGGGGUGAGAUUUUACCGCUACAGAGGAACGGCAUCAUCCUCGGCUACGGGGUCUACUACGGCUACAAGGGGAACGACUUCAUGUACAAGGACAUUGACGGUAACCAGACGCGUCAGACGACGCUGACCCAGCUGCGGAAAUUCACACGCUACAGCGUUCAGGUGCUGGGCAGGACCCGCGAGGGAGAUGGAGCGCUCAGCCUGCCACCGGCUACCGUACAGACGCAUGAUGAUGUGCCCGGCGCUCCGUCCAACGUUAGUUUUCCGGACGUGAGCUACACAUUCGCUCGCGUGAUCUGGGACGAGCCGGCCGAGCCAAACGGACUCCUGCUGGGCUAUAAAGUCACCUACCAUCCAGCUGACUCUACCGAUAUCAACAUCACACAUGAAUUACCGCCCGAGAGCAGGACGUAUACUGCCGCCGGACUUCAGCCCGAACGUUCAUACCAGUUCUCCGUCUCUGCCCGUUCGAGGCUCGGCUGGGGCCUGGUGGCCAAGGCUCUGGUCUACACGACGAGUAACAGGGAGAGGCCCCAGGCUCCGUCGGCCCCGCAGGUCUCUCAGAGUCAGGUUCUGAGUGACCGGAUCACAUUCAGCUGGACACCGGGAAGAGAUGGAUUCGCGCCGCUGAGAUACUACACGGUCCAACUGGAGGAGGAAGGCACCAGCUGGCAGGCCCGGCCCGACCGCGUGGAUCCGGCGGUUACAUCCUACACAGUGCGAGACCUGAAACCGUUCACCACAUACAGGUUCCGGAUUCAGGCCACAAACGACAUGGGUCCAAGUGGCUGGAGUGAUCCAAGUGAAACGGUCAAAACGCACCCGGCAGCGCCCCGCGGUGCGGUGGGCGACGUGCGUGUGAUUCCCGUCACCACUACUUCUGUACGGGUCGAGUGGCGACCGCUACCUCCCGGUGCUUGGAGCGGAGACGCCGUUACAGGCGGGUACAGGGUGGAGUACCGACCCCGAGCUGACUUUCCGUCGCCGACUGCCGGCAGCAUGGAGAGGAUGGUCAAUGAUAUACAGGCCCGAGCGGUGGAGCUGGAAGAUCUGGUGAAGCACCGCACCUAUGAAGUGCAGGUGGUGCCGUACAACUCCCAGGGAGAUGGAACGCCCAGUCGACCAGUCCAGGUGGAGGUGGGCGUGGCUUUCCCCACUGGAGAACCACGUAACGUACAAGCUGAGGCCGUCUCAUCUACGGAGAUUCGUCUCAGCUGGCAGCCGCCGCCCAAAGACAAACAAAAUGGCGACAUACUCGGCUACAAGAUUUACUUAUCCGUGCUAACGACUCGGCCGAGCUGGAACAGCUGGAUAACGCGCUGGGGACGGCGAGGGUCCCACUCUCUGCUGUACCUGGACAUGUACACGGAGUACACCAUACAGAUACUGGGGUACAACACGGCUGGAGACGGGCCGCGCAGCCGACCGGUCACCGCGAGGACUCUGACGGGCGUGCCCGGUCCGCCGGGUGACCUGAGUUUCUCCGAGAUCACCAUGACUUCUCUGAAAGUCUCCUGGAGCCCGCCUCAGAGACCAAACGGAGAAAUUCUCGGAUAUCUGGUCAAAUAUGAAACGGCUGUUCCCAACGACGAUUUCAGCAAGCACGUGAAGCAGAAGGUGACGACCACCUACCUCUACGUACAGAACUUGGAAGAGCGCGUGUCCUACGCGUUCUCCGUCCGAGCGCUGACUAUUGACUACGGCGCAGCAGCGAGCAAGAACGUGACAACUGGCCCGCAGCCGGGCUCCCCUGGCUCACCACGUGCGCUGGUGUUGACCAAGGCAGCUGGCUCGGUGUCAUUGUAUUGGGAGAACGGCGUAUCGGGACACGCACCUAUCCAAGGAUACAUCAUCGAGGCGAAACGAGAAGACGACGACAGCUGGCGUCGCGUGGCUCGCACGGACGGCGGACCUCUGGCCGACUUUGUGGUCAGCUACACCAACCUGCUUCCGUCCACCGAGUACCGGUUCCGGCUCAUGGCCUACAACAAGCACGGCGUCAGCUUCCCAGUGGUGUCGCAGCAGCCAGUGGCCACGCCGUCCAAACUCUUCAUGCAAUAUCGUCAGCCGUUCUACCGAACCACCUGGUUCAUGGUAACGCUGGCGGCCGCCUCAGUGGUUAUACUCAUAGCCAUCGUGGCUGUGCUCUGCGUCAAGAGCAAGAGCUACAAGUAUAAAA